UCGUCUCACUCCUGAAUCAUCUAUUCGCCGAACAGCUCCUUCAAGCUGGUACCGUCUUCCCUCGACAUCAUGAAGGUCUUGGCAUUGCUGAUGCUGGUUAUCGUCGCUGUCUUCAGCGCCCCCUCGCCACAAACUGGUCCAUCAGAGAAUCUUUCUCCCAUCAUCCCCUACGAAUUCGCUUACGAAGUCGCCGACCCCCCAACCAACAACUACCAGAACAGAGCGGAGAUCAAACUCCCCAACGGCGACGUCUUCGGUUCCUGGUCUCUUCUGCGCCCUGACGGAAUUAUCCAGACUGUCACCUACAACGUCACUGGAAUCAAUGGAUUCCAGUACUCUAUAGCCCUCACGCCAACUGGACAUGCAGCAGCGUAACCCCACCAGGCUGAACCACCAUAAAAAAAAGGGGGUGGGGGGGAGGGGGGGGGGGAUUCUAAAGGCUACGAGGAAAGAUUUGUUUUACGCGAAGUAAGGUCUGUUUCAAGAGAAUUUUAUUCGAGUCUGUCAGAAAACGACUACUAAGAAGACUUCCCGAUGCCAACAUUGACAAAAUCAUGACCUUCAUGCAGAUUUCGACGGUUAAUAGAGUGUGGAUGAUACUAUGCAGGAAACUGGAAACUAUUAAUCUGGCAAAGCGGAAACACUGAGAUUUAUUAACGAGAUCCUACUUUUGUCCUAAUGGUAAAUAUAAUCAAUUACACUGAAUCACGUUUAUUUCCAGUGAGUUCAAUGAUUCAAGUCUCGACUUUAGUUCGACUUUUAUUUUAAAUGUAUUUCAGAAAGCUUUAGAAAAAGUUAGUUACAGUGAUUUCCAGUUUCCAAAGCAAGUAGGAUAUAAAGUAUCCAUUCGAUUUCUGACCAUCCGAAGGCUUUCCUUCAUCGUGAUUGUUUUGUUACUCUUCAUGGUUUUUCAUCUCAUUCAUUGUAUAACAUAAUCAUGUUUUUCAUCGGUCAUCCUUUCUUAUCUGUAAUGAUUUUCACCAUUGUUUUCAAAAUAAGAGGCCCCUUGUUA